AGCCGCCCUCUCUACCCAACCCACCCCACGAGCCGCACCGCACAGCGAGCGAGGGGAGCGGAAAGAGAGAGAGAGAAUUUCAAAAGCGGGGGGAGGCCGCCACCGCCGCGCCAAUUCGUUCGAGCACACGCCGGAUUCCUUUCAACGGCCGGCGCCCCCCGCACCCUCCCCCACCCGCGCCCGCCCGCAGAUCUAUCCGUCUAUAAUAACGCCGCGACAAUUCCCUCCUCCGAUCCGAUACCGCCCACCACGCCACGCGACGCGGCACAGAUCCUGCCUCUGCCCGCACGCGGAUCGGCAGCGGCGGUGACGAUGGCCGCGCCCCCCUCUUGGACAGCCGUGGAUACGACGACGGCGACGGCGGUGGCGCCGGCGCCCCUCCCGCGGCUUCCGAACCCGCUGCCGCUGUUCGCCGAGCGCGGCGGGGGCGCGAGGCUGCGCCACCACGCCUACAGCCGCAAGCAGAAGUCGCUCGGCCUGCUCUGCUCCAACUUCGUGGCCCUGUACGACCGGGACGGUGUGGAGUCCAUCGGGCUGGACGACGCGUCCAGGCGCCUCGGCGUCGAGAGGCGCCGGAUCUACGACAUCGUCAACGUGCUCGAGAGCGUCGGGAUCCUUGCGAGGAAGGCCAAGAACCGCUACUCCUGGAUAGGCUUCGGAGGGGUCCCGAUGGCGCUGCGAGAGCUCAAGGAGAGGGCAUUGAGAGAGAAGUCUGGCUUGGCUCCUCCACCGGCAGAGGAGCUAUCUGCUGCCAAUAUGUCCGAUGACGAAGACGAUGAUAAGCUGGGUGUUCCGGAGGCCGAAACGGAGGGCGAGAAGCUGAGCCAAACAGUUGACAAUCCUUCUGACAUGCCUGAUGCACCUCCCUGCCGGCUUAGAUCUGAUCAUAGGAAGGAGAAGUCUCUUGGGUUGCUCACUCAAAAUUUUGUGAAGCUGUUCCUCACCAUGGAGCAGGUUAGCACGAUCUCACUUGAUGAAGCUGCAAAGUUCCUCCUUGGGGAAGACCAUGAGGAGUCCAACAUGAGAACUAAAGUCCGGAGAUUAUAUGACAUUGCUAAUGUGUUAUCUUCACUGAAGCUCAUUGAGAAGACACAAGUGGACACAAGGAAGCCUGCAUUCCGGUGGUUGGGCAUGGCGGGGAAACCAAAAGCAGAGAAUGGUGUCACAAUUGUUGCAUCCCCAGCAAGCAAGACUCUGUCAAACAAGAGAGUCUUUGGAACUGAACUCACUAACAUUGGUAUAAAUAGAAGCAAGCUGGAACCAACAAUCCAGAAGAAAGCGAAGCUGGCACAGGGCGGUGCUGAUAUCUUGAAGAACCACAACGUGGCUGCGCAGAAGCAGCCCGGGCAGGUUAACAAGAGUGGUUUUGUUUAUGGGCCUUUCCACCCUUCUUGUGCAAGAAAACAGGAGCCUGAUGAAUGUAAUAAUGUUGGACAAAAGGCGAUUGCCCAUGAUUGGGAGAGCCUUGCUGAUUCAUUUCGACCACAGUACCAGAACCCAGCACUUGGUGACCUUUUUGCUCAUUACGUGGAUGCGUGGAAGUCGUGGUACUUUGAAUUUUCGCAGGGUAGCAGCAUCAUGCAGCAACACUUGGGCAGUUCUGUUAAUAAUAAACGAUUUUUGUAGGCGAACUACAAACCCAAGCACAGUAGUCCUGCAUGCUUGGGAUUUGACCUGUACAAUUUGUCAAAAUAGAAGAAGAGGGGAAACAGAUAGAUUUGCUCGGCCUAGGGUUCAUUGUAUUUACUCAAUGCAGGAAAUCAUUAGGCUUUUCUAGUCCAAAAAGAGUGAGAACAUUUUCUCACUGCCAAUGUGUAACUUGUCUACUGUUCAUUCUUGCACCUACAGGUGUGCCUACCUCUGCAUUCUAAA